UGGUACGGGAAUGUGUUAUCCAAGGCUGUUAUCCACCAUUUACAUAUGUACCACCGUAUGUCCCCACCCACACAAGGCACAGACGACAGAAAAAAGGGGGGACACGUCAUGGCGUUUUUGGAGAACGAAACGGUUUUCGAAGAGGGUGUGGAUGGCCCACAUGGGUUGCCUAGCAAUUCCGACAUGCGCAUCGUGGUCCGAAUGCAAUGUGUCCUUUUACUGGUGGGGGUGAUUGGUAACACCUUAAUUUUGUACCUGUUCGGCAAGCGAAGAGAAUGCCUCACGUACGUGAUUGCAAUACUCUCUCUGGCCGUCAAAGAUCUUCUCGCCUGUUGUAUCUACUUACCGUUCUCUAUCGCUCUGGAAGCUCAGGAGUUCGCCACCUCCUCCGACUUCGUAUGCAAGUGUUACCACUUUUUUGCAAAUGUGACACAUAAUUUCACCAUGCCAUCCUUGUUGCUGAUUUCCCUAGAUCGAUGCGCGUGCGUGUGUGUGGGUCACAUCCAAGCCACUUAUUACAAACGAGCUUUCAUCGCCAUUGGGAUCGUUGGCGUCUUUUCACUAUCGGUGUCCAUUGUUCCAACGCUGACGUUCCGAGUUAACGACGGUUACUGCGUUUUCAGUGUUUCGAAAAAUUUAUUGGAGCCCAUUCGAAUUUUUGAGAUGAUUAUGGCGCUUGUAUUCGUGAUAGACGGUGUUGUUUCCAUUCUGAUAUAUUCUGUUAUCUUUGGCACAGUUCUUUACCACAAGUACAGUUCAAAACAUCCCGCUCCACAUUCCCAGUUAGAUGAUAUGGGGGAUCGGUCUGGUGAAUCUAGUUCAUCGAAUUUCGCGGAAACAACGACCUUUGGCGACUCGGAAAAUACCAUUAGUAAGAGGAAGCAACUCGUUCAAUUACAGAAGGAUCAAAUCUCACUUACUGGUGUUAUGUUUGCUCUCACACUCCUGUAUUUUAUCCAGUAUUUUCCGGCACUAUUCAGUUCUUUUAAUCAUGUAAGACACGUGAGUAUCGCUAUUUUUCUGAUGUUUCAAAUACGUUUUGUGAGCAAUUUUUUCGUGUAUUUGUGUCUUGAUGCAACAUUCCGCAGAGAUCUCAAGGAUCUACUGCAGCUAACAUGCUCUCGACUUCGGUCUGUUCGCUUACUGUAAAAUGGAAUCUGUCUGCAGUAUUUCUGCUUAUUACGUAGCGGCUCUUCAGUUUGAUUUUGAAUUUUUCGUAUAUUUUCACAUAUAUAUAAUGGUACGACCGCUUCAAAAACAGUUUGUUAACAAAGCUAAAUUUUUCAACAUUUUAAUUAGGUAAAAUUGAUUUGUUUUAGAAAGAAAAUUACCUUUUGUGUGUGUGUUUGAUGCCCGAUUUUUUUUUCUUUGUUGCAUUUUUAUGCCGUGAAUAAAAUGCAAAGUUAAUUGAGUUAAGCACAAUCUGUACGACUUCGCAGAUUGAUGUUUGCUGACUCUAUGUGUUAUACUUCCAUAUUAAGUACACAUGUAGCAGGUCUGCUACAUGUAUAUCCAUGCUGAACGCAGAAAUAGAUAGCACUCAAUGUCCAGUAGCUAUAAAAGCAAACGUUGACGUCCUUUUGCCACAGCUUGGUGUUUUGAAUGAUGCAUACUUUAUAUAAAGGUGGUGUGUUCUUUCGACGGAGUACGAGAUUGUAAUCAAAUCAUAUACCAAAUUAGACUAUGGUUUACAUGUUGAAAACUUUAGGCCUAUUUGAAGUUUUGUCGCUCUAACGAUUCAUCGUUUGGAUAUUAUUAGAUGGACAUCGCAAAACUAAUACUAAUAUGAAAAUGAACGAGACGAGUGUCACAAGUGUGUGCAGUUUCAUUAGAGACAGUGUAAAGUUUGUGAACACUUGUAUUUGUAUGUUCUCAGUUUGUUUCAUGACUUACUAUAUACACGUAAUCGCAGCCUUCUUAACUUUGCAUAUGUGUGGAAAUCUUUGAUUUGUUAUUUUAAACUCUUGCGCUUUGUUCAUUUAUGUAAAUUACGCAAUGGCCGAAACAGAUUAAAGGUAACAGUUGAUUGUGUCCAUGAAUAUAUCAAAUUAUUUUUUUCUUACCAAGAAAUUCGUGAAAAAUCGAUAAAGGUACAUGUAGGUUUUACUUGAAUAGCAGUAUUCCAAAGGGAUAGAUCUUGUUUGAUCCUGUG